AAAUACAAUAAAUUAAACAAAAAACUCGAUGACCUCAAUAGAAAGCAAAACAUCACAAAGAACAUACAACACAGCGAAAUGCCUUUCCAUUCCAGAUUCGUAAAUUUGACUGAGGUUCCCAUUAGCAAACAAGAGACAGAAAUAUUGGAAAAAGGUCUGAAACAAAACAUAGAAAAUUCUGAUAAAAAUAAAGACGUAGAGCACACUAUUGUAGGCGCGGAAAUGGCCAUAUCAUUACUACCAAGCGAGGAUCAAGAUCAUGCAAGACACAUAUGUAGACGUAUAAUUGAGAAAAGCAUAAAAUCCAUGGAGAAAAAACUAAGCGACGAAAAUAAAACUGCCAAAGGGCUAAAGAAAAAACUCAACACGAAUAAAGUAAUCACAACAAAAGCAGACAAAGGGAACACAACGGUAAUAAUGUACGAAAAAGAAUAUAAAAAAAGACAGAGCAACUAAUCAAAGAGACAAAUUGUCGGAUGAUGAGAAAGGACCCAACCGAUGACUACCAAGGGGCAGUAAUAGCGGAGACAGACAGGCUGAGUUAAGUUGAAUUAAGUGGCACAAAUGCAGAUACGAUUUUUACCCCUGACAGACAGCACCAUUGUGCAUAACAAAUUUUCUUCUUCUACCUGCGCAUUUAGUUAUCAGCUGAUUUGACAAAAACUUUGAGCUCAAAAUGGAAAGGAGAGAAAAAAUACGAUUAGCAGCUAUUUUGUUUGCAAAAAACAAUUACUUAUUUAAAAAAAAAACUUAACAUUCUUCUCUUAAAAUUAUUCAACAAUAUGAAAAUAAUUAAUUCAUUGGCAAGCAUAGACCUUGCCACGAUGUUUGAAGCUGGGAUUGUUACACUUCCUGAUAUAAGAGAAAGGCAGCUGUGGAAAUUGGAUCGCAGCGGCACAUUUUGGGAGCGUGAUGUUCCUUUAAUGGACGAAAAUCGUUUCAAAGAAAAUUUUCGACUCAAUAGAAAUGCUUUUCGGAGAAUUUGUGAAAAAGUUCGAGGCAUCGAAAAGGCGAACACUCAUAUGAGUCAUCUGAACUUCCCGCUUGUAAAUCAGACGGGUUUAAAGAACAAAAAGAGUAAAUUGAGGGCUAUAGGUAAAGAAUAUCACGCGGAUGAAAGGUGUCCAUCCCAUACAAGACGCGCUCUAAAACUAGAAACGCUGCUAUGCAUGCAGCGAAUGUGCCAAACCCUAAAGCGCCAUGCGCAAACGACUCAGCGUUUAUAG